AUGAACCACAACCCUUCCACGUUUGCCCCGGAUAACUUCCAGAGACCCUUCAGGUGUCCCAUCUGUUCCAGAGGUUUCCACAGACUGGAGCACAAGAAGAGACACGUUAGAACACACACGGGGGAGAAGCCUCACCCCUGUACGUUUGCCCAUUGUGGCAAGUCCUUCAGUAGAGGCGACGAAUUGAAAAGACAUAUAAGGAUUCAUCUCGGUCUACCCUCCAGAAGAAUAAGAAAGAAAGCCGCUGCCAAGCCGCAAGACAUAGAAAAUAAUAUUCCACAGCUAAACAUACAUUCAUCCAACAUCCUUUUGAAAGCCAUCGCACUACCAUUACCUUCCCUUCCAGUGCAACAGAAAACAGAACCCGUGUUAUCCAUAUGCUCGGUCUUGAAUACUCCGAAGACAACAACGACAACGAAAACUCAACGCAAACAAACUUCCAUGAGCUCAUUGCAGGCAAUGAGCAAAAUGUUCCCACAAACAUUCGCAACGGUAUCCUCUCCCACUCCCUCAUCUGCUUCUGCUUCAUCGUCAUCCUCCGCUGCUGUCUCACCACUAAUGGGACCUCAGAACAACUCAAGCACCAGCACCAGCAAUAUAACAUUAAACGCCUUGUUAAACCCACAACAAUCAAAUGAAAAAUCUUCAGCUACAACCGCCACUGAUUAUUCAUUAAAAAACGUCUCAAGAAGACCAAGAAUGAAUUUCCUUCUCUCCACAGACGAUGAAGAAUCCGAUACCUCUUCUUCAUCGUCUUCCAUGUCUUAUUAUUACCAACGUCCCGCCGCGGACCCAUAUAGACCCAUACUACCACCUUUGAAAAACAUAUUGGACCAAAUAGACAUAUAUAAUCGUUCAACCAAAUAG